AGAGGACGGUGUUCUGCUACAGGGCUGCAACAGCUGACCGCCGAGCACUUUACCCAGUGCCUCAAGGAACAAAGAGAGGAGGAAACAGCCACCCAGAAUACGCGUUACAUUGAUUUUAUUCCCUUCAAAUAAUCAAAGUUAAGCGAGGACACGCGAUGAGGCACGCGGUCGCACCGGCAGAAAACGUGGAAAAUAAUUAUUUUGCCGUGACAGACUUGUUAAAGAUAUGUACCCAUUGUGAACGGCUGAGCAAAAAGGACUUGGGAGUAAGGAUCCCAAGACCCUUAGGAAACGGACCAAGCAGAUUUAUCCCUGAAAAAGAGAUUCUUCAAGUCAGUAAAGUGGACGCCCGGACACAGUCGAUAUUUGAGGAUGCGUUUGCAGCCCUCGGUCGCCUCGACAACAUUUCUCUGGUGAUGGGCUUCCACCCGCAGUACCUGGGGAGUUUUCUCCGGACGCAGCACUACCUGCUCCAGAUGGACGGGCCCCUGUCUUUGCACUACCGACACUACAUCGGCAUCAUGGCGGCAGCUAGACACCAGUGUUCCUACUUGGUCAACCUCCACGUGAACGACUUCCUCCAGGUCGGGGGGGAUCCCAAGUGGCUGAACGGCCUGGACGAUGCCCCGCAAAAGCUGCAGCAGCUCGGCGAACUCAACAAAAUCCUGGCACAUCGACCGUGGCUUCUCACCAAGGAACACAUCGAGCGCCUUCUGAAAGCAGAGGAGCACAGCUGGUCCCUGGCAGAGCUAAUCCACGCCGUGGUUCUCCUCACGCACUACCACUCCCUCGCCUCGUUCACCUUCGGCUGCGGCAUCACGCCCGAGAUCCACUGCAACGGCGGACACACUUUCAGACCCCCCUCCCUCAGCCAGUACUGCGUCUGUGAUAUUGCCAACGGCAACGGCCAUGCUAAUCACCACGACGAUCAGCUUGGCAACCAGGAGAUGUGUGGCGAGGUGGAGGUGCUGAUGGAGCGCAUGAAGCAGCUGCAGGAGUGUCGUGACGAUGAGGAGGCCAGCCAGGAGGAGAUGGCGACUCGCUUUGAGAGGGAGAAGACUGAGAGCAUGCUGGUGGUCACGGCGGAGGACGAGGAGUGUGUCCCCUCCAGAGACAUCUCCCGACACUUUGAGGACCCCAGCUAUGGCUACAAGGACUUCUCCAGGAGGGGGGAGCAUGUGCCCACAUUCAGAGUGCAGGACUACAGCUGGGAGGAUCACGGCUUCUCUCUGGUCAACAGACUGUACCCUGACGUUGGUCAGAUGCUGGACGAGAAGUUCCAGAUGGCCUACAAUCUGACCUACAACACCAUGGCGACACACAAGGACGUCGACACCAGUAUGUUGCGCAGGGCCAUCUGGAACUACAUCCACUGCAUGUUCGGCAUCAGGUAUGAUGACUAUGAUUACGGGGAGAUAAACCAGCUUCUGGACCGCAGCUUUAAGAUCUAUAUUAAGACUAUGGUGUGUAGUCCUGAGAAGACCACCAAACGAAUGUAUGAGAGUUUCUGGAGGCAGUUUCAGCACUCCGAGAAGGUCCACGUUAAUCUGCUUCUUAUGGAAGCGCGAAUGCAGGCAGAACUGUUAUACGCUCUGAGAGCGAUCACCCGCUACAUGACAUGAAGUGCUUUUGGCGUUUUUUUUUUUAUCGUUUGUCUUUGUCGUUGCUCAUCACGGGACACUUCAAGAAAAAAAAGAAAAGAAAAUGAAAGGGGUGGGGGAAUUCAACAAAAGUGAGGAAGAGACGAGAGAAGCCCUGGGUUGUGACAGUGCUUAUUCGAUGGGUGUUGAAAAGAGGAUCAGAACAAAUUAAAGCAAGAAAAAAAAAAAAGGAACUGUUAAAGAAAAUCAUCUCAAACUACAAGUGGAUACAUAAAUUCAGUUUGUGUUGCCUGCAGUGCCAAAACUGACCAAGAGAGGGCCGCUUGGAGCAAACUCCUGUUCUGCUGAGGAGUUUGUGCCGGGCCUGAGCAACAACACCGGAGGCAUCCAGGACGAAGUUUCAGUAUUCCAGCAUGCAACAACUUUUGUUGCCAAUCUCUUCUGUCUCCUGGUAGAGUGAAGACCCACCGAAAAAAAAAAAAAAAGAAGAAAAAAAACCCAGCAAGCUGUGCAGCCAGAAACAGUCUGCACUUUGAUUCUGUCGUCACUGUUAUAUUUGUUUAGUUUCUUUAAUACCUUUUUAUUUCAUUUUGUAUUAAGAGAAGUGGAUGUUGUUGUCGAUGUAGUUGCUGUUAGUGGUAACUGGAGAUGGAAGCAUUAACUUUGGGCGGUAUUUUUUUUUUGUGUGCCUGAACUAUCCAGCACAGUUUGCAGAUGUGCUGAUGCUGCUGCUCCCAUGAUGUGUUCAAUGGGGUCAUAUUGAUCCCCAAAUCACCCCCCCCCAACCCUCAUUAUAUCCCCCAAGCCCCUAUCCAUUAGAAAUCCACUGCAUUACCUCCCUCCCUCUUGUCCGUGUCCCAAAUCUCAAAUGUCAAUGUAAGCUAAUCUGAGGAGUGUGUGUGUGUGUGUGUGUGUGUGUGAAAACCAGGAGGUUUGGAAAGAAACUCAAAGAACACUGUCUGAGCCCUUAUCGAGUUUGACUGUAAAUGUGUGGAUGCGUUCUGUGUUUAUGAUGACUGAGGUGUGGAUGUUUUGUGUGUGUUUGUUUCACCGAAUUGAUGGAGAGAGAAAAAAAGUUUGUCUUUUUGAAUUUCAUGUGUCAAAAAAAAAAGCGAGGCACUUCGAAGGAAAGACUUCUUGCUUCUGCUGUAGCUCUGUUAUUGUGAGAUAACUGUUUAUCAUUUGUUGUUGAUGAUGAUGAUGUCUUUAUUUUUCUGGUAAUGGGGAAAAAAAGCAAAAAAAAAAAAAGCUAAUCAAGAAGUUAGACACCAGGUAAUUUCAGGAGGGAUUUGCUUCCGGUUGCCCAAACCUCACCUUAUCUGUCUUCCGCCUAUCCCAGCUGCCUGGUCACCCUAACUAUUUCGAAGCUUUGGAUUGUGAAUUUACCAGUAAAUGAAUACCUCUCCUGUUUUUCUCUAUAAAACAUUUAAGAAGUGCUCUUUGGUUUCCGGGCUGCCGUGUUCCCGUUUCUCGGGGGACCCGGCGGGCCCACACAGGGCCGACUGUGGUCGGAUAGCUGUUGAACGCAAAGGGUUGUAGCUGUGCUUAUUUCCCCUGCUGGGGAAGUCUAACCAGUGCAAAUGCAGCUUUUUUAUUUUUGGACAGAGGUGUCAAACCUCUGCUGUUUUGUUAUUUUGUUUACUAAAACCAGUAAAGUACUGCGUUCUUCUGAGGGUGGAUUGAGAGAAUCAGACAAAUGAAUGAGUGAUGAGGAAGAGCGAGAGGGUGAUGAUGAUAAAGGAAUGGUACAUUUGGAAGUGGUUUGAGAAGGUUUUUUUUUUUUUUUUUUUUUUUUUUUCAAACUUCUGACUGAUGUCAGUUACUGACACUUUUUUAAUAUGAAAAUAUUCGAAGAAAAUAUGAAAAAAAAAAAUAAACUAUCAUGUUGAAUUGUUGUGUAUCAUUCGUAGUUUUCUCCUAAACAAUUUAAUUUCACUGCUUCAUCAAAGAGAUUGUAUGAGAUGUGGAGAGGCCUGAACAGUCACAGCACAAUCAGUGUCGCCAUCAGCUCACCUCCACUGUUCAGUUGCACAAGUAUAGAAAAUGAAAUAACCCAUGGCAAGAUGACUCAUGAGAAGACACGGGGUGUUAUCCGAACACCUUAUGUUCCAAAGUACACUCAGCUGUUUGACAAUAAAGAUGACUUCAUUGUCAGUGAGCUGAACUCUGUCAUCUGUAUGGUCCAGGGGCUUUCACAUGAAUGAUGAUUUACUGUAUGAGAACAAUGUGACUCACUGGGAACCAGGUUAACGGUCCCUGUUCCUGUGGUGCGGUCAUGGUCAAAGGGUCUCUUUGCUCAUGACCAACAUUCAGAUUAAGAUAAGGGGGAAUUCCUAGUAGGAACCCUCACCUUGCUUUCCCCGUUUGACUUCAUAUCACACCUCAUUUGGGAAAAAUCUCUCACUUCCCAUAUGAGGCUAUCUGAAGUUUCCCGUUAACGCCACUGACCAAACUGCCGUGACAUUUGGGUGGCGUUCCCAGACUAUACACGGAAACAUCAGUUAAGCAACCUUAAUAUCAGCCAGCCAACUCUCCUCCAUAUCAACCUGAGAGCAUUGUUUGUUAUUAGCUUUGGCUAAUGAAUUGUUUAGUUUUUGUUUUUUUGAAACAUCAGCUUGUCUUGUGGUUGUUUUAAGGUCACCGUUGUGAAAACUGGGGGAACUUAAAAAAGUUAUUUUUUACAUUAAAUGCCGUUUUGGAUUUGUUUCGAUGUAAUAACGAUGUGAUUUUGAAAUGCUGUACUUAAGGCUACUUGGUGUUACUUGUAAGCACUGCCUGGCCCCAUAUCUGUGUAAUAAUA